AUGGCUGCAGGACUGUGGAUCUGCUCUGGCAGGACUCUUUUCCGAUGUUGGUUCAAUUCCAACGACAGGUACGAUGUGGGCGUGUUUCCCCCCCUUCCUGGGGACUGCGCGCCGCCGGUCCUCCCGAGCUGCGCGCACUUCGCGGAGCAGCCGCCUGCUGCAGAGCUGCGCUCCGGUUCUGGCUCCGGUUCUGGCUCCGGUUCUGGCUCCGGUUCUGGCCCGGGUCGCAACCAGAGGAUGGGUUUCUCCCAGCUGGCUCUGCUGUGCUGCGCGGCUCUCGUCCCCGGGUUCUGCGCCCUCUCCAUUUGGAGCAACGCGGUGCCGGAGGCUGCAGCGGACGGACGCCUGGAGGAGCUUUACGCGCGGCCCCCGGAGGAGGAGGCGCGCGGCCGCGGGGCCCCCGCCGCGCGUCCCGCCAGGGGCCCCGUGCGUCCUCACGACUACAUGCUCUCCAUCUACAAGACCUUCUCCGCGGCGGAGAAGCUGGGGCUCAACGCCAGCUUCUUCCGCUCCUCCAAAGCUGCCAACACUAUCGCCAGUUUUGUGGACAGUGGAGAAGAUGACCUCCCACUCUCCCCUCUGAGGAGGCAGCAGUAUCUGUUCGACGUCUCAGCGCUGUCGGCAGACGCAGAGGUCCUGGGAGCCGAGCUCAGGAUACACACCAAAGCGUCUGGGAAUGUGGGGAUGUCGGAAACAGAGACGCUGGACGUGCAGCUCCUCUCCUGCCAGGGCCAACAGCUGCUGCUCUCCAGGACUCUGGACCUGCAGCAGGAGCCCGGGCCCCGCUGGGAGGUGCUGGACGUGUGGGAGGUGUUCCGGGAGCACCUGAGCCGGGGGCGGCACCUGUGCCUGGAGCUGCGCGCCGUGCAGGAGAACCCGGGGAACCCGGGGAGCCCGGAGAACCCGGGCCGGGAGGUGGACCUGCAGCUGCUGGGCCUGCAGCGCCACGGCCGGCCGCAGCACAAGCGGGCCAUUCUGGUGGUGUUCACCCGCUCCGCACGCAGGCAGAGCCUCUUCGGGGAGAGGAUGGAGGGGCCUCGGGCCCUGCUGGACCCCAGGGACCGGGGGCCCGGAACCAGGGCCGGCAGGAGACGCAGGACCGCCGCGUCCAAAACGCGCCACGGCAAGAGGCACGGCAGGAAGUCCAACAGGUCCCGCUGCAGCAAGAAGCCGCUGCACGUCAAUUUCCGGGAGCUGGGCUGGGACGACUGGAUCAUCGCGCCGCUGGACUACGAGGCCUACCACUGCGGGGGGGUCUGCGACUUCCCGCUGCGCUCGCACCUGGAGCCCACCAACCACGCCAUCAUCCAGACGCUCAUGAACUCCAUGAACCCGGGCGACAUGCCGCCCAGCUGCUGCGCGCCGGCCAAACUCAGCCCCAUCAGCAUCCUCUACAUCGACUCCGGCAACAACGUGGUCUACAAGCAGUACGAGGACAUGGUGGUGGAGUCCUGCGGCUGCCGGUAG